UGCGAAGUAAGAUCGGUGGCUAAUUUUACCUUACCUGGGGAUUAUUUGACUCAUUGCUCCAGUUGAGCCCCCUUGUUGAAUCUUCGGUUCCCCCACGCUACACCAAGCUGAGGUGGCCGUGUGCAACUGUCCGGGUUUCAGAUACCGCUCGUGGUACAGUACAUGUGUAUCGCUGCCUCGCUCUUACACGUGUAUGUGCCCGAUCUGUUGUACCAAAAGUCGACGACGAGAAGGAAGGAGCUACUCACAGACUCGGCCUGCUCGACCCAAGAAAUACGGAUACAUCGUCAGAUGAGAGGAAUGAGCCGUGCCCAAGCCGGCAACCCGCAUGUCACUACGCAAUCAAACAUGCAACUCCUUGUCCCGGAUGGGUCUACCAUUGGCUGUAGAUUAUCGAAAUCAUCUGAUAAUUUUGCUACUGUGCGCCUUUUUAGGAACCCAUGGCUGUUGUCGUUUCCGAAUUCCUCCCGACCACUUGCUUUUUUUAGGGUUUGGACACCAACACUUGAUCAGGCCCGCGCUGUUUCCGGCCUUUGCGGAUCACACAACAGUGACAGCGCAGUACCUAGUACCAGGCUCACCAGGCUAUCAACCGGAACCUCAUUCCUCGCGAUGCGCAGCGUCUGAGCGAAAGGAUGAAUUAGAGAUUCCGACUCUUAGCAAGGUUAGCCCAGUCCCGCCCUCUUACCCGGUCUGGAGCGACAAAGGGUUGCGCCAUCUCCCCGGCCGAUCGGCUAUCCCGGGCGGGUCGGCUGCCCGUCAACUUUAGCUUUGGUACAGGGCCUUCAGCGGGCCGUUCCGCAAUCUUUCACCCGAACCACCAUUAGUGACACAGUCAAGCCUAUUCCAAGGGUGAUGACAGCAAUUUGCAUGAGUUCUGUCUGAUCUUGAAUUAUGGAGU